AUGGAUAUUGUCUUCAACCAACAUGCCAAUGGCACCUUUGAUAUCGAGUAUUUCCAGUACACGCCGUCAAAGGAGGCAGGUCUGGCAUUUCUCUCAAUCUUCGCAGUCGCAACGGUAGUCCAUGUCGGCUACAUGUUCUUUUUCCGAUCAUGGUCCUUCAUCCCAAUGAUAUUGGGCGGGAUAUGCGAAGCCUUUGGCUACUACGGCCGCUUCAUGGCGCACUCGGAACCAAAGAAGAUCGGCCCCUGGAUCAUGCAAGCAAUGCUUCUCCUCUGCGCCCCUCCGCUGCUGGCCGGCAGCAUCUACAUGUCGCUGGGGCGGCUGAUCACGGCGCUCGACGCCUCGCGCUUCUCGCUGAUCCGCCCGGGCAUCCUGACCAAGGUCUACGUGCUGAUCGACACGCUGGCCUUCAUGAGCCAGCUCGGGGGCGUGGGCGUGCAGGCCUCGGGCGACGCGAACCUCAUGGCCAUCGGCAAGAAGUGCAUCCUGGGCGGCCUCAUCUUCCAGGAGGUCGCGCUGGCCUUCUUCACCUACAUCGCUGUCAGGGUCCAGGCCAAGCUGGCCCGGGAGCCCACGGAUGUGGCUCUGGGCAUCGGCCAUCUGCUCAGGUGGAGGAGGUUCUUCUGGGUUAUGUACAUCGCUACUGGGCUGCUGAUGUUGCGGAACCUGAUGCGCCUGAUUGAGUUUGCCCAGGGCCCUCUGGGGACUAUCGCGAGCAACGAGGCGUUCGUCUACGUGUUUGAUGCCGUUCCUAUGGCCUUGGUCAUGAUUGCGCCGCUGGUCUUCUACCCUGCUAGGCUUACCAGGGUGGCAUUGAACUCGGAGUACAAGGUUGUUGGGUAA